GGUGAUGGGAUUAGGGAUCUCCUGCCUUUGGUCCUAAGUGCCACUAUCUGUGCUGAGUUUUUCAAAGGUCAGAGCAGAUUGAACCUCUGUGGUUUCAUUUUCCCUGAUUUUGAUUUUUCUCAUGGGGAACCUGUGUGGCUGCAUUCAAGGUGACUCGAAGAAGCCUUCCAAAAAGCAUGUGAAAAGGGAGCCCUCCUCUACUACCAAGGUGACUUCAGGGAGCACAUUCAAUGAGAAUACAAGAAGAUAUGCUGUGCACACCAACCAGUGUAGGAGACCUCAUGGCUCCCGGGUAAAGAAGAAGAGGUACCCACAAGAAGAUGACUUCCAUCAUACAGUCUUCAGCAACCUUGAAAGAUUGGACAAGCUUCAGCCCACUCUUGAAGCCUCUGAGGAGUCUCUAGUUCACAAGGACAGAGGAGAUGGAGAGAGGCCAGUCAACGCGAGGGUGGUGCAGGUGGCCCCUCUGAGGUGUGAAUCUACUCCCCAUGAAGACACCGUACACGACAUCACUAACGAGGACGCCACACACGACAUCGCCAACGAGGACACUGUACAUGACACCGCUAACGAGGCCGCCGACAAGGGCAUCGCCAGCGAGGACGCUGCCCAGGGCAUCGCCAACGUGGUCGCCGCCCAGGGCAUCGCAAACGAGGACGCCGCCCAGGGCAUCGCCAGCGAGGACGCCGCCCACGGAAUCGCCAGCGAGGACGCCGCCCACGGAAUCGCCAACGAGGACGCCGCCCAGGGCAUCGCCAACGAGGACGCCGCCCAGGGCAUCGCCAACGAGGAUGCCGCCCACGGAAUCGCCAACGAGGACGCCGCCCAGGGCAUCGCCAACGUGGUCGCCGUCCACGGCAUCGCCAACGUGGUCGCCGCCCAGGGCAUCGCCAACGAGGACGCCGCCCAGGGCAUCGCCAUCGCUAAUGAGGAUGCCAUAUAUGACAUCGCUAAUGACACCGUACAAGGCAUGCUAACGAGGACAUCGUACAAGCCGUCGCUAACAAGUACACUGUACACAACAUUGCUAAUGAGGGCACUGUACAAGACAUCACCAAUGAGGACGCUUUAUACGACAUUGCUAAUGGCACCGACAAGGCACGCUAACGUGGACGCUGUACACGACAUUGCUAAUGAGGACACCGUAUAAGACAUCGCUAGUAACUAUCGCAAGAACAAAAAACCAAACACCGCAUAUUCUCACUCAUAGGUGGGAAUUGAACAAUGAGAUCACAUGGACACAGGAAGGGGAAUAUCACACUCUGGGGACUGUUGUGGGGUGGGGGGGGGAGGGAUAGCAUCGGGAGAUAUACCUAAUGCUAGAUGAUGAGUUAGUGGGUGCAGCGCACCAGCAUGGCACAUGUAUACAUAUGUAACUAACCUGCACAAUGUGCACAUGUACCCUAAAACUUAAAGUAUAUAUAUAAAAAAAAGACAUCGCUAGUGAGCACGCUGUAUACGACAUCGCUAAUGAGGACACUAUAUAUGACAUCGCUGAUGAGGACAUUGUAUACGACAUCACUAAUGAGGACACCAUACAAGGCAUCGCUAACGAUGACGCUGUACACAACAUCGCUAAUGAUGACACCGUAUAAGACAUCGCUAAUUAUGACGCUGUAUACGACAUUGCUAAUGACACCGUACAAGGCACGCUAACGAGGAUGCUGUACACGACAUCACUAAUGAGGACAGUGUACAAGCCAUCGCUAAUGAGGACACUGUAUAUGACAUCGCUAACGAGGACACUGUACAAGGCAUUGCUAACGAGGACACUGUACACAACAUCGCUAAUGAGGACACCAUAUAAGACAUCACCAAUGAGGAUGCUGUAUAUGACAUCGCUAAUGACACCCACAAGGCAUGCUAACGAGGACGCUGUAGACGACAUUGCUUAUAAGGACACCGUACAAGACAUCGCUAACCAGGACGCUGUAUACGACAUCGCUAAUGAGGACGUUGUAUAUGACAUCGCUAAUGAGGAUGCUUUACAAGACAUAGAUAAUGAGGUUGCUGUAUAUGACAUCGCUAAUGAGGACAUUGUAUAUGACAUCGCUAAUGAGGACGCUCUAUACGACAUCACUAAUGAGGACACUGUAUACAACAUCACUAAUGAGGACGCUGUAUAUGGCAUCGCUAAUGAGGAUGCUGUAUACGAAUUCACUAAUAAGGACGCUGUAUAUGACAUUGCUAAUGAGGACACUGUACAAGACAUCUGUAAAAAAGAAGAUGCUGCCAAUGUAAGACACUUUUCUUUGUCUUGAACAGAAAUGUUACUUUCCUGGCUUCUUUCCAAUCAGAUGUAGACAUGAACAUCUGCCAGUGUGCAUUAUCGAUGUCAUCUGCAGUUUAAUCAAAUGUAGACAUGAACGUCUGCCAAUGUGGACUAUUUAUGACAUCUGCAAUUCCCUUGGUGUGGUGCUAUUGAUUGGCAGCCUCUCACCAACCCAUGCCAGGCACACUGGGGUGUGGUAGAUGGCAGCAUCCACGAUCCACUGCAAUGCAGAGGUGUUUCCCUCCACAGCAGUUUUCCCCCAUGGAUUAAGAGUUGUGAAACUGCCAAUCUAGAUACACUUUAAAGAUAAAUUCUGUGGGAAAAGG